AUGGUGAGUUUCGUCGUUGAGUCGCUCUUUACCAAUGUUCCCGUGAAGGAGUGCCUUGAAGUGGUCAGAGGGAAACUGAGCGAUGGUGGAAUAUCGGAGUCGGUCAUGGUGUUGCUGAGAAACUGCUUAGAAGGUAGCUAUUUUUUGUAUAAUGGGAAGCAUUACCUCCAGAUCGAUGGUGUGGCCAUGGGUAGCCCUGUAGCACCGGUUUUGGCAAAUAUCUGGAUGGAGCAUAUCGAAGCCAGUAUAGACCUGCAGCCAUGGGCAGUAAAGUUGUGGAAGAGAUAUGUUGAUGAUGUUUUCUGUGUUAUGAAAGGUGGAAAGCAGGAAUUGGAGCAACUACUGGAAUAUUUGAAUUCAAUUCAUCCUAAGAUAAAAUUCACGUAUGAAUUGGAAUCACAGCGCAGUUUGCCUUUUCUGGAUGUCAAAGUGAUUGGUCGAGUCGACGGAACCCUGACGCAUACUGUAUACAGGAAGCCAACUCACACGGAUAGGUAUUUGAGCGCUUUUUCUCACCACCAUCCCCGACACUUACAAUCAGUUGUCAGCUCGCUGGUGAACAGAGCACAAGAUCUGUGUGACCCUGAAUAUUUAAUGAGCGAGAUGUCGCAUAUUCAGGAGGUACUUAGGUGGAACGGGUAUAAGGUGAGAGCAUACGGCAUGAGGUAA